AUGUCUUCACCAUACGCUCACACCCAUGUUUCACACUUAGUGAAGAAAAAACGGCGACGAUCACAAUCUUUAACCUUGCCGAAUUUCAAUGAUUUGGAUUCACAAGUACAAAAUGAGAGCCAGAAGAAGUUUUUGGCUCAACUGAAAAAAGAACGACAAAAACAGCAGAACAUUCAAGAACAUGACAAUUCCAAGGACCACUCGCGCUCUGACGAUGAUGAUUUCCAGGCAACCGUCACUCGAAUACCUCGUACAUACACUUCCGCGUCAAUGAAAAAGACCGCUUUAUCUACAACAGCCAUUUCCGUUUCGACCAAACAACAAAUGUCAACAACAACAACAACAUUCCGAGCUGCAGGUGUUUACGACAGUACUGAUGAUUUUCAACCCGUAGUCACUCGAGUGGGUACAACGGCUACGGCGCUGUCUUCCAAAAAACACACUUCAACUACGGGAAAAGAUAUUCUGUCUGCAGCUCAUAAAACAACUAAUCUGGAUGAAGGUGAUCUCAAUAGCAGUCAACAAACACAUAUAAUACGAAUUCCACGAGAAGAAUCAUCGAAAUCAAUGAAAAAUCCAUUUUCAAAUCUUUAUGGAAAGUUUCCAAGUGGAAGUCUACCAAGGAAAGUUAUGAAUACCACUUGUGAUACACCUAUAUCACAUAAUGAUAUCGACAUCAACUCAUCCCAGAACUCGUCGAAUCAUUUUGAUUCAUCGACAACAAAUAUACUCAGAAAAUCUGAUGUAGUCGAUCAGGAAUUUCGUCUCGAUGACGGAAAAGACCAUGCACGAAGGAAUGAUGCGAAAAGUCAUGGAAGUAUCAAAAUCGGCGAACGAGAAAACUACUAUGCUGUUCACGGUAAAAAUCACACAACCAAAACCAGCGCAAGUCUUAUGGCUUCGAUUAUUGCGAUCCUGAUCGGCUUAAUUGCCUUUGCUUUAGCUCUAACAGCAUUCAUUCUCGUGCUACUACUUCGAUCGACUGUCGAUGCUAAUCUGGUCAUAACACCCAAAAAGUCGAUCGGAAGUUUGCCAUCUGCCUGUUCAAAUUACACCCCAGUUGAUGAUCCAACGCGAAGUAUAAAUGCACCAGGUUACGCACUCGGUUGUGAUAAUACGGCACCAUUCGCCAAUCAAAGUAGUCCUGCUUGGAUACGAUUCAUCGGAACCGGAGGGACAACACUCCCAUUACAAACACCAGGAAUGAACAUCUGCGGAUCCGAAGGUACUGGCUGGUAUUAUGGUACAAUGCCAUCAAUAACAGGAGAGGUUGUUAAUGGUACUGCAUGUUUUUCUUGGUACACGUCUGUUUGCCGAUUUUCAGUUAGUAUUAUUGUUGCCAAUUGUGGCUCGUUUUAUAUUUAUCGUUUGCCCCCAGCACCAGCAUGCAUGAUGCGAUAUUGUACAAUUUAG